AUGGCCGCGAGCUUGGUUCAAUACAUUGCUUAUAUUUUUAUUCAACUUUACCAUGGUUCUAUCUGGCUGCACCAUGCCUUCGUUGCCAAAGAAGUUCCCUGCGAAGAAGACCGAACUCCGCAGACGAACAAACCGACCACGACGAGCGAAGAUUUGCCUCCGCCCGAAGAGACCCAUGAGCCUGGUGUUAAAUCACUUUCCGCCGUGUUGUGCGAAGUGACGUCCGGUACCCUCAAGCUCAAGUGUGCAGCAAUCCAAGGUCAUAUGGGAGCCUGUCAGACAUUGAUGAGCCAGGAGGAUGUGGGUCACGCGGACAGAAUAUUCAAAGAUAUGCUCUCAGCUCUUCGGGAAAACAUGUACAAGAAAGAGAAUCCUUCCAAGUUUAAGCUUUCUAAGCUUGCUUUGCAGCUCACGCAAUCCGUGUUGUGUGGAAAACACGCCAGACACAAAUUUCUUUACGACCAUGUUGCUCAUGGUGCGUGGAUUGACGAGAUCCAGCAUGAAAAGCUAAAGAUCCUCGCUGAACUUGGUCGAUUGGAGAAAGAGCCCCUGGAAUUCAAACCCGCGAAAACAACGUUUAAGUCCGAAGACCAGCUGGAUGAGAAGGUCAGAGAUAAGCUCUGUUCAACGCUUAGGGUAUCGGAUCGGAAAACCGGGUACAUCUAUGUUAUUUCAUAUCAUAGGGCACCAGGGAUGCUCAAAAUCGGGACCUGCGCAGAUGGCAACUGGGAAGAGCGGAAGUAUCACCAUAUGCACUGUUACCCAGGCUUCGAAUUGCUCGAUUACAGACGGUUUUAUUAUGCCCGUCGACUGGAACAAACGCUACUAGCCGAGUUCAAGCCUGCGGAGCGUUCCCUUAAAGAAGGGUGCUCCGUCUGUGAAUCAAACUCGGUAGACGGGAAGACAAGGCAUAAGGAGUGGGUCGAGAUUGAUCUAGCAACGGUAAAGGACAGGCUCGAUAAAUGGGCUUUGUUUUUCACCAACCCAGAUCUAUACGACGAACAGUUCCGUUACGAGAAAGGCGGAGAAUGGGACAAGUUACUGGAUGGCAUGCUUUCAUCGAGACCGCCGUCAAAAUUUCUGACGCCCAAAAAGAACACGGUUUCGCGCUCUUCGCCACGGCUAACAGGAUCGAGUAGCGAGCUUUCUUCUGCCAGAAGUUCCUUGUUCUCUAGGAGUUCAAGUGACAGUUGCUCAUCGGUUUCCUUGUCCGGCUCUCCUAGUCUUGGUAUACCCAGUCCUGGUGAGCAGUCUCCCUCUCCGUCCCCAAGGAAAGCUCGGGGCUUCGAUUGA